AUGGCCUCGAGAACAUUGGAGUCCCGCUUCGAGCGGAUGUCUGUCAAGGACGAAAACGACCCGUUUGAGACCAUUGGGACGACAACGACAUCGACAUAUCAGAAGGCAAAGACCGUCACCGCCUCCUCUGCCUCACAACUCUCCCAUAGCAGCAGCCGGCCCAACCUCUUCAAAGUCGCCCUCCAGCCCCAAAACGCCAACACGGUAACAGCCACCGUCACUCUCCCCUCCCAGGCCGCCCAGCGCAAGCAACCCACGACCAGCGCUUCCACCGCCAUCCCCAACAAGCAGCGGGAAAAGGACACCACCACCACCACCAACAACAACAACAACAACGAAAUCCCCUCCCCAACCAAACACAAAUCCACCACCUCUCUAUCCUCCCGCCAGUCAGACGAACUCGUCCUCACCAACGACGGCCGCUCCUCCUCGUCUUCCACCUCCUCCUACGUCGACGCCCCUCUAAUACCAAAACAAUUCCACCUCGGCAUGUUUGAAAUCGGCCGUCCCCUCGGAAAAGGCAAAUUCGGCCGCGUCUACCUCGCCCGCGAGAGAACAUCCUCCUUCAUCUGCGCUCUGAAGGUUCUCUACAAAUCCGAACUGCAACACGGCACCGGCGUGGAAAAACAAGUCCGCCGCGAAAUCGAGAUCCAGUCCAACCUCCGACACCCAAACAUCCUCAAGCUCUACGGCCAUUUUCACGACAGCAAGCGAAUUUUUUUGAUAUUGGAAUUCGCCGGCAAGGGCGAGCUGUACAAGCACCUACAGAAGGAAAGUCGGUUCCCCGAGUGGAAAGCGGCGCAGUAUAUCGCGCAAAUGGCGUCUGCGCUGAGGUAUCUGCACAGGAAGCAUGUGAUUCAUAGGGAUAUCAAACCCGAGAACAUCCUGAUGGGCAUUCACGGGGAGAUUAAGAUUUCGGACUUUGGGUGGUCAGUGCACGCGCCGAAUAAUAGGCGGAAGACGCUUUGCGGGACGUUGGAUUAUUUACCGCCCGAGAUGAUCAAGUCGGGCAGUAAGGAUAAUUGGUAUAAUGAAAAGGUGGAUUUGUGGAGUUUGGGGGUGUUGACGUAUGAGUUUUUGGUGGGGGAGGCGCCGUUUGAGGACACGCCGAUUAUGACGCAGAAGAGGAUCGCGAGGGCGGAUAUGACGAUUCCUGAGUGGGUUAGUAAGGAGGCGAGGGAUUUGAUUAAGAAGCUGCUCGUACUGGAUCCGGAAAAGCGGUUGCCGUUGGAGGAGGUGCAGAAUCAUCCUUGGAUUAUCAAGCAUUGCGUCAAGGGGGAGAGGGCGUCGAAUCGGGAGAAGUUGAGUUUUGGGAAGUCUUGA